AUGGCGUUUUUCUCUGGUUUUGUAAAGAGCGGCCUGUCUUUUCUAGGAAAGGAUUCUUCGGCAUUCCCUUACACACUCGGUGACAAAGUCGAAUGGUUUAAGGAUCGCUCAAUCUGGUCAUUACAUCACGGCACAAAAAAGGAGGAUGGAUCCCAAGUUUCUAUCUUUGUAUUCGACUGCACAAAACACAGAGACAAAGUGCAAUUAGCUUCAAAUGGAUUCAAGAGGAUGCGUACUAUGCGUCAUCCUGAUUUACUUCGAUAUCUGGAUGGAAUCGAGAACGAUCAAGCAAUUAUGUUUGUAACCGACCCAAUUGAACCUCUUUCCAACCAACUCGGCCAAGAUCCUGAUAGCAAUCUUGUUCUUUGGGGUCUUUAUAAAGUAGCAAAUGCUAUAAAGUUCAUCAAUCAUGACUGUGACAUGGUACAUGGUAAUAUCCGAGUAUCUUCCAUCUUUACCAACAAAGCAGGCGAGUGGAAGCUGGGUGGAUUUGAGCUGCUUUGUUCCAUGAAAGAUGAAAGCCCGAUUAGUUUGACAUUUGGUGGUUUGGUUCCUGAAGCACAAAAAUACGCCACACCUGAAAUCAAAAAAUCUGGCUGGACAAUCAUGAAAGACCUUCCUGUGUCUGCAACAGACUCUUAUCAUCUAGGUUGUCUGAUCUAUGAAGCUUACAAUCUCCGUUUUGAUACCAUCGAACAAUUAUCCCGACCAGGAAAUAUACCGGCCAACAUGGUUGAAGCUUACAAGGCUCUCUUGCGCCAGGUCAUGAGCAGAGCAGAUGCAGCAACUUACCUCGAGGUCGGAUUGCGCCCAAAAAGUUUCUUUGACCAUGAUUUUGUAAAAGUGAACCUGUUCCUUGAGAACAUCAGUAUCAAAGAACAAAGUGAAAAAGAAGGUUUUUUCCGGAAACUAGACACCCUUAUUGACACCUUUCCCGGAGACUUUUCGAAAUACAAGAUAUUGCCAGAACUUGUAAAAGCAUUUGAGUUUGGUUCUGGUGGAGCAAAGGCAUUAAAUGCAAUAAUCAAAAUCGGCCACCAUCUUCAAGACAAGGAAUAUGAAGAAAUCAUCGUUGGUCCGAUUACAAGGAUGUUUGCAUCCCCUGAUCGUGCUAUUCGUGUCAGUCUCUUGGAAAACAUGCCAAAGUUCAUCGACCACAUUCCCGCAAAGGCAGUCGCCACCCAGAUCUUUCCCAACGUUGCCACCGGCUUCACGGACACGGUGCCUCUGAUCCGAGAACACACCAUCAAAUCCGUCCUGUUGCUGGUCCCUAAACUAAGCGACAAGAUUAUCAACUACGAGCUCUUGAAGUACCUGGCCAAGCUGCAGAUGGACGACGAGCCCGGGAUCCGGACAAACACCACGAUCUGCUUAGGAAAGAUAGCCCGGCAUCUUGAGGAAGGCACGCGCAAGAAAGUGCUUGUGCCAGCAUUCACCCGCAGUCUCAGGGACGGAUUCCACCACGCACGCAUUGCGGCCCUGAUGGCUCUGGCGGCCACAUCAGAAUACUACGAUGCUCAAGACUGUUCGACCAGAAUCGUGCCUUGUGUCUCGCUUGUCCUGAUAGACAAGGAAAAGCCGGUGCGUGUCCAGGCCUUCAAGACCAUGACAUGCUUUAUAAACCGACUGCAGGACUUUGCUGACCAUAUGCCAGAUACUGCCAUCGUACCUCAGCAGCAAUCUGCUGCUUCUCCUGCUGGCAGUGGUACAUCAAAC